AUGAAGCUGGUACUACUUGUUGUAAUUAGUUUUGCUUGUGCAGUUACAUCCACAGCAUGGGAACCACUAUCUCCCGAAGAAACGCUUUUCAUCAUCACACGCUGCCAGGAGGACCACUUUCGUCAUAAUUUGACCAAAUUGAAGCUGUGGGAUAACUUUGUCCUGCCGAGCGAUGACGUCGAUACUGCCUGCUACGUGAAGUGCAUCAUUUCGAUGGCGGAACAGUUUGACAAUGAUACCAAUUCCUUUAAGGCUGAUAACGUCAUGAAACAAUACGAGGCGUUCAAAAGUUACACUAAAUUGAAAAAAGGGGACGUUCUUGCGUAUGAGAAAGAUCUUCGAGGUCUUGGUACUCUUAAGGAUACGGGUUGUACGAGUUUCUUCAACAAAUAUCUUCCAAUUUACGAAAAGCAUAAACUUGUCGUCAAUAAGUUGCUUCUGUUAGAUGCAAGCAUUGCUGCUGCAAUUUAUAAAGACAAUCCAGAUAUCAAAAGACAUAACGAAUCAAUUUUCAGACACUGUGAGAAGAAGUUUUUCAAACCGGAAGAUGUUAAAAAGUUGUGCAACUUGAGAAAAACCGCCGUUACGGAUCAUCCCAGACUUGCCGAGCACGAAGCUUGCCUUCUCCGGGGGUUGCGAUACACCAGACGGGAUGGAAGCUUGAAUGCUCAGGAGAUUCUGCGUGAUUUUCAUCUGGUAAACAUAACCUAUGAAGACGAAUAUUUGAAGGAAGUGGUGAGGAAUUGCUCUAUCGAGGAAAGCACGAAAGACCCCGCCUAUUUGACGUGUCUCUACGCCCAUCAUGAGUUGCAGGGGCCGAUGUGGAAGGGCACAGAUUACCGGGAAAUCAGAUCGAUGAACUACUUCUACUUGCUGCGAGAUCCUCCGGAGUAUGAUCCUAAGGAAAUUCGAAUGCAAGUGUGUGCGAUUGACGCCGAGGUUGGUUGCGUUAAUGGGAGAGAAUGUGCUGAAGAUUGAUUUGAAAAAGGGACUUUUGCUUUAUGAAAAUAUAUAAUUUCUGCGACAUCAA